UUUGUAUCAGCAUCAUCGAUCGAACAGCUAGUUUCACACGGGUCACUCCCAUCCCAUCCUGGCUUGGAAAGUUUGAGAUUCUUUUCUUAUUGUCCAUUUUCCAGCUGCGGAUUUAGCUUGGGCCUCCGAUCUUGUGUGUCGAUUGUGAACAGAUUUUAGUUUCAGCUUGAGUUUAUAGAUUUCUAUCACCAAGAUGAGUCUGAACCAAGUACUUGAGGAAAUUGAAGAGAAGGGGAUCACCGGCGUGAGAUUUGAGCAGACUGACUUAAAUGGCGUGGCCCGGUCUAAGCUGAUCCCUUCCCGCCACUUCAAGGACAAAGCAACUGGAGGGGUGAACUUUUAUUUGGGGCACAUAGGAAUGGAUGUCCAAGCAGGGGUUAUUCCAGGAACUGGAUUUGCUGAGGAAGUCGGAUACUGCGAUGCUGUCAUGUUUCCUGAUUACAGUUCAUUCAAAGAACUUCCAUGGGCAGAGAAAACAGCCCGUAUUUUGGUUGAGCCGACUUAUAAGGGCGAGUAUGUAGCUGCCCAUCCAAGGGUUGCGGCCCGCAGACAACUGGAGAAGCUGAAGGACUUGGGGUAUUCCCUGUUUUCUGCUCAUGAACAUGAGUUCUAUGUUGUGGAUAAGGUCACCAAGAAGCCCAUCAACAACGACAUCAAUAUUCGAUCCACUCUGAGAAUGUUUCCUUUGCGGAGGUUCGUCAAACAGGUUAUGGAGGACAUGCCCGUUGCUGGUGUUGAUAUUGAACAAGUUGAAUCUGAAUACGGUCCAGGACAGGUUGAGAUAUCCUACAAACCAGCCUUUGGGAUCAGAUCUGCAGACAAUGCUUUCACUUUCAAGACGGGUAUCAAAGAGAUUGCACUUCUCCAUGGCUUUCAAGCUUCCUUUAUGUCCAAGCCUUUUCUUAAUCAGAGUGGAUCUUGUACCCACUUCUGCCACUCCCUUUACCAAGCGGAUGAGAAAACACCAGUUUUUUACGAUGCCAACAGUCCCAUUGGUCUUUCGGAGGUUGGCCAGAACUGGGCUGCAGGAAUACUUGCCCAUGCUCCUGCAAUCGAGGUUCUCAUGGCUCCAACAGUAAAUUGCCUGAAGAGAGUCGGAGGUAAUUUUUGUCCAGAAAAUGCCACCUGGGGAAUGGACAAUCGCACCACAAUGCUUCGCAUCAAGGUCAAUGGCGACAAGGGCACCUACAUGGAGAACCGUGCCGGAGCCGCUGGUGCUAACUGCUACCUGGUGCUGGCUGCAACCGUUGCUGCAGGAAUGGAUGGCAUCAUCAACAAGUACAGGCUUCCUGCAGAAACUACAGGCUGUGCCAACAAUCCGGAAGAUGUCCCACCAAAGACAGCUGAUCUGCCGAACAACAUGGAAGCUGCUCUGGAGGCUCUUGUCAAUGAUGAGGUGAUAAGAAAUGCAUUUGGUGAGGAUUUCAUCAAGUGUUUCAGUGCUGUGAAGAUGCACGAAGCCAAGUUAGAAAAACAAGCUUUGGCUAAAGGUCAAAAGAAUUGGGACUUUGAUUUUUACUUUGAAUACCUGUGAAGUAAAAAUUUCCGCAAGUUUUGAUACAUUACAGCGUCGUGGGGUAUCUCGGUAUCAACCUAUCAAUUUUCAUUGUAUUGCUUAAAAUGCUUCUGACAGUUUGGCCAGUAGAGUUAUGGCUUUAUGGGUUGAUAGGUCAGAGGUUUCUCAAUUGCACUGGAUGAUAAUUGUACUUGCAAAUCAGCUUUAUUUCCCAAGCUGAUAUAUUUUUCAUAGAAUUGUAGGCCAAUAUUGGACAACUUGUUACUUGUAUUGUUGUAAAUGUUCAAUAAAGCCUACUAUUAACAUAGUCUUUCCAUUAACCAUUGUAUUCUAAUUCAUUAACAAAACUUUUUGUUAUGUUAAAAAAGCAUGUUUCUUUCAUGUUUCUUUUUAUCAAAAUUAGAAGCCCCAUACUGUCAUACUACUAGUGGAUUCUGCAUAAUGUACACAAUAGUGAUGAUAAUAAUAAUAAUAAUGAUAAUGAUUAUUCUUACUAUAUGUGAUAUUAAUAUUUAUCAUCAAGUGCAUUAUGGGUAAGAAUGGGAUUGCGUGAGGUUCAUGUUCAUGUCAUGUUUUGAAUGGUUCUCACAUGCACUGAGGGUGUUUGGACGGUAAUACUGUAAAGAGUUUGGGGGCAAGUACAUUGUACAAUGGUGAGAAGAAUGUGGUGUAUUAUUUGUUUUAUAUGACAGUGAUGUGUGAAUUCUUUUCA